AUGAAGUUCGGUAAGAGGCUUAGAGAUCAGGAAGAGGAUACGUUGCCAGAGUGGCGAGGCAAGUUUCUUCGCUACAAGGAGCUGAAGAAGCGGUUGAAGACCAUUUCCGCAGAAUCACCGGAACGCGAGCUUGAGGGGGCAGAGCAGCCGCUAGAUUUGUGCGAUGAAUCUUCAGAUAUCGUCAGGCGUGCGCUCUUCUCCGGGUCGUCGGAGGACCCGUUUGUGCAGCUGCUGCUGUCGGAGUUGGAUCGGUUCAACGACUUUUUCGCCGAUAAGGAGGAGGAGUUUGUCAUUCGCAUGCACACCAUCAAGCAGCGGAUAGCCAGUGAGGUUCCACGAAGGAGUGCUUCCGACGGAACCGUCCAAGAAUUUCUUCUUGACAACGCCGAUAGUGCCGGGGUGAACAGCAUACGCCGUGCCAUUGUUGCGCUACACGGUGAAAUGGUGUUGUUGGAGAACUACAGCUCGCUCAACUACAUGGGGCUCGUUAAGAUUGUCAAGAAGCACGACAAGCGCACCAGUCACCCGUUGCGUCCGUUCUUGCGCACUGUGCUGCAGCAGCCGUUCUGCACGACGGAGCUGUUGUCGCAGUUGAUCAGCGAGUGCGAGGUGCUGCUGCAGCAGCUGUUGCCGCCCAGCGAGCAAUCAUAUGUCAACGUUUUUGCAUCUUCUACUGUCGUCUGUGUUACAUGUGCAGCAUGCAAUCAUCCGGUAGUCACGCUUCACCAGGAUGUCCCGACUGCUGCUGCUGAGGAAGUGGAAGUGACGCCUGCCAGAGAGCCUGCCGCUGCAGAGUUUGAUUCUGAUGACAACGAUACAGUAGCCAUGGUUUACCGCAGUGCCUGUAGCGCCCUUCGCGCUCUUAUCGAGAUCCGCAGCAGCUCAAAGACCCCACAUCCGAUCAUGCUGGCAGCCCAGCAGGGAGCGCUCUCACCUGCAGUGCACUCACCUAGCGUCCCUGCGGAGCCUCUCCAACCCCAAGCCAGCCAAUCCAACCGCGGCGAUGCUCAGGGUGAAGCCGAAGUUAUGGGCAGCGGGGGCGAGUCGAGCUGCAGCACUGAAAGGGGGAGUGCCCAGGUGAUGCUGGAAAAUACCGCUGGUGUGCACCGUGGGCUAGAGAGGGAGCUGGAUUUGGGGAGCAAAGAGCAGGCACAGACGGUUGGCCAAUCCUAA